AUGGAAGCCCGACAGAUUCUCGACAUUGUGAGGCCCAGCCGCACAACGGCCACGACGUCGAGCACGACGCCGCACUGUACCCCUUUCACGCUACCCUCGGCCGGCGUCCUUACACUCGGUGUCGACAACAUCAUUACGCUGACCUCCGAUGCCGUCUUUCAGCCGGAAUGCACUGCGUCCAGCGACACAGUGCUUACGGGGAAAGGCUCACCGACCUUUACGGACUUUCGUGAUCCUUUCUACGCCUCGACGAUCCCCGAAUGCUACGCGCUGGCAGCGGCGACGGUGAUCGCUUAUAUGCUCGUUAUUAUGCUAUUUAUCACCCCUCGGACAUUCUUGCGCGAAGGUGCGGUGGUACUAGGGAGACGGGGGUUCACGAAUGGCCCCUCGGGCAAUAGCGAAGCGGGAAUCGGAAUCGGUGGCCGACCGUGGUUGCAGAAGGUCGCGGCUCUGACCGUGGCGGUAUCCCUUACGAUUGCGACCGCAGACACGUUCCGAGUAGCCGAAGAACAAUAUUAUGUUGGAUACAUGGACGCUGCGGCUCUCCAGAGUCAAGUGGAGGAUGGUCUGGAAUUGAAGAUUAUCCGCGUCAUCUCCGACACAUUCCUGUGGCUUGCUCAAGCUCAAACGUUGAUAAGGUUAUUCCCACGACAGAGGGAGAAAAUCAUUAUCAAGUGGACGGCCUUCGCUCUCAUAACACUCGACGUCCUUUUCAGUAUCCUCAACAACUUCGUUUAUAACGGCAGCUCUCGCCCACGAAGCUUCGUGGACGCAAUCCCCGCACUUGCAUACCUAUUCCAGCUGGCACUGAGCCUAUUGUACGCUGCAUGGGUCUUGUACUACUCGAUAACCAAGAAACAAUUCGCCUUUUAUCAUGCGCAGAUGAAGAAUAUGAUCUUGGUAUCAUUAUUGUCAAUAGUAUCGGUACUAGUUCCAAUCGUCUUUUUCGUUUUGGAUAUAUCAAAGCCAACUUUAGCCGGAUGGGGAGACUAUGUGCGCUGGGUUGGAGCAGCAGCAGCCAGUGUCGUAGUCUGGGAAUGGGUGGAAAGAAUCGAAGCAUUAGAAAGAGAGGAUAAGAAAGAUGGUGUGUUGGGGCGAGAAGUGUUCGACGGAGAUGAGAUGUUGGACGCAAAUCUUCCAGGAGCGAAUUGGAAUUAUCGUCCGACGCACCGGAGAGGCGGCAGUGGAGAUGGAGCCAGUGGAGCCACCACCGGGUCCAGCGGUAGAUCGUGGCCUACCGCUGUCAGUGGCCUUGCGAAUCGAUACCGGCCCCGCGCUAAACACGACAUCGAAAAAGGCCGGACUACACAACGCCUUAAAGAGAAACGUUCUCGGCCGCGGCCUCCACUUUGGCCAACUAGGCCUCCCGCCGCUGCAACUCCCGUCAGCAGAACAGAUACAGCUAGUGCAGAAAGUACGGUCUAUGCUGUUCGAUACCAUCCGAUUAGCGAAGCAACGCCGUCCGUAAGAGAUGGUGCGAGACCGACAGAACUUUAUAGGCACAACAGUGCAGAGAUCAAUAGGGAACCAAGCAGCACUCAAGAAGAGUUCAAUGCAAUAGAGGAGAAGGAUCUUGCGAUUGAACGAAUGGAAGAAGGUCUAGGGCCAGAAGCUGAGCCACCAAAACAACACACUGCUUGGAAGUCCUUUGCCAAGGCAAAUCCAUUCAAACGGAGAGGGAAAGAACUCCCACCGGAGGUUUCUGCACAUACAGCAGCAAAGCCCACAGAGCAGACAAAUGUCCACGACGGUACAUCAAGCGUAUGGGACGUCCGAGCCCGACUCGAGGACUUCGCUGCGACACAAGCCGAGAAACUCCGGGACAAGUCGAAAACAACCUCAGCCGUCGGUCCGCUUCCUAAGACCGUUAUCCCAGCCCCUCCGCGAAGGCGUGAUCUCGCCGCCGCACUGGAAGAGCUCGAGAACACCGAACGACACGACCAUGCUCUAAGUCGAGCUACGCAACUAGAACGUCAACUCCCAGACCGGUCAGCUAGCCAAGCGGCCUGGCUCCCAUCUUCCGUCACCCCCGACGAUGACCUAGAAACCAGACAACCGCAACAGCGCCCCAGCGACCCUUACCGCCCCGACACUUCUAACGGGCGCUCAAUCCACCAACGUAGCGCCAUCUCUUUCGUAAGAGCUUCGUCACAGACACAAUCCAAUGACGCCGUAUCACCUGCCGAGAUUCAGCGCGUGACGCCGCCGAGCAUGAGUGCUAGCCAGGUAAGCAGUUCCACGCUAUGGCGCUCACCAUCUUUGCCGAGGAGACCGGAAGGGCCGCCCGUGACGAGCAUCCCUGCUCCGCCGAGGCGGCCCAGGUCUCCCGACGAGGAUGAGUGA